UCUGCCUGCUUGGGUCCAGUCAUGUGACCCGGAGUUUAAAUCCAGACUGACGGCGCCGAGCCAACAGAAGCCUCCAGACGACGGCCGACCUCACCUGGCAACACUUCCUGUCCUGCGAGACGCACCGCCUGACCUCCACUGACCUCUAUUGACCUCCACUGACCACUACUGACCUCCACUGACCUCUACUGACCUCCACUGACCUCUACUGACCUCCACUGACCUCUACUGACCUCCACUGACCUCUACUGACCAGAGGAGUUUCUGUCAACAUGUGAUCAGAGCAGCAGGAGGAAACCAGGUGUCAUCCGUCGGCCAUCUUUGUUCUCCGCCGCCAUGCCGACCACCGCUGUGGGCAGGAAGCUGGAUUUGUCCAGACUGACGGACGAAGAGGCCAGACACGUGUGGGACGUCGUCCAGAGAGACUUUGACCUGCGGAGGAAGGAGGAGGACCGGCUCGGCGAACUGAAGAAUAAAAUAGAGAAAGAAGACACCAAGCGGGAGCUGCUGGGGAGCCGGAGCAGCCUGGCCGAGUCCUACUGCAUCCGCUGCCUUCAGCCCUUCAGGUUCCUGGUCAACGUCAGGCGUCAGUGUUUGGACUGCCAGCUUUACGUCUGCCGCUCCUGCAGCCGCCUCUGCAGGAGGGAGCAGGGCUGGCUGUGUGAGCCCUGCCACCUGGCCAGGGUUCUGAAAAUCGGUACAUUGGAGUGGUACCAUGAGAACGUCCGGGCCCGAUUCAAGCGCUUCGGCAGCGCCAAGGUGAUGCGAUCUCUGUUUAAGAGGCUGAGCGGGGAACACAGCCGCUCCCAGAGCGACCCCACAGAGCGCCCAGAGUUCGACACCCGCAGCGAGCCGGAGCACCACAGUGAGUCCAUGUUCUCCAGUCGUUUUAUUAAAACUCAUCUUUUCCAACCAGCAGGUGGAUAUGAGGAGCUCAGCCUGGAGGCAUCAGACUCUCCAAACCUGCAGAUGAAGAAGGCCAAACGGAGGCUGACUGUUGAUCCCGUUGAUUUUGUCCUCGGCUUUGAUUACUCAGCAAACUCCAGACCUCAGGAGUAUCAGGCCUCCGGCGCUCAGGACGCCAUGGACCCAAUGCUCGCUGAGGCCGACAUGCAGGACGUUUUCCACCAGAACCUCCAGCAGGACAACCAGAGUCUGGACCUGGAGAUGCAUAAUCAGCAUGAUGAAAUGGCGUUUGCGGAGACCCGGCCCGGCCCGUCCCGCUCCGUGUCCCGGCUCAGCUACUCGUCCUGCGGCAGCGGCAGCAUCGGCCUGCGGGGCGGCAGCAGCUUCCUGCCCAGCCUGGAUGACUCCGAGGCCGAGGACGACCUUUGCCCCCGGGUCCCGGUGUACCGGUCCCACCCGGACCCCGGCAGCCACACGUCUCAGGAGAGCUUGAGCUCAGCCGGCGCGGCGCCGCAGAUCGGUGACCUGAACAAGCGAAUGUCGGCCAUUGAGAUGCUGCUGAGCUGCUUGGAGCAGAAAGUGACGCCGGCUAACAGGAAGGACGUCAGAACCGCUCAGAGUCCGUCCCCUCCUCGUCUUCCUCAGUGGGAUGAAGAGGAGCUGGAGGAGCAGCAGCUCCGGCUGAAGCUGCACCAGCUGACCCACAACAUCAGCGACCAGAGCCUGAGCUCUGAGGAGGACGACCCGGGCGGAACCAGGACCAGAACCGGGCUGGAGGAGGAUCUGAAGGCCGACCGCCUCCCACUGAGCCCCGACACCAAGCAGCGCCCCCCGCUGGAGCCGCCCAGAACUGCAAGCAGAGGCUCCGCCUCCUUACUGCUGGAGCUGGAGGACAGAGUGGCUCAGGCGGCCGCCGACGUGCAGAGCGCCCAGAGCCAGGUUUCCUACAUCGAGGACCGGAUCGCUGCACUGAGCACCGCUGGGGGCCCAACAGACCGCAGGAGGAGGUCGGCGAUCCCAGUCCGGACUCGGAGACUCUCCCACAACGUUCCCAGCAAACCCGGUGCUGACGGCGGGCUGAUGAAGAGGAGGCUGAGCAUCAUGUGACCUUCAUCGCUUCGCCCGGAGACGGAGGCGGCAGUGAACAUCCCAGCAUCCCGUUACCAUGGUGACAGGAUGCCGUUCCAGCCUGUGACCAUGUCUUUUUAUUUUUAUCUCUUUGUUUAUUUAGUUUGAAGGUUUAAUCGUAACCGAGCGUGAACGAAUUGGUAACCAUAGCAACGUGACGGAUUUCACAGAAACUCGUUUAAGUUUUUAUUAUUUCUGAAGUUCGUCUUUAUUUCCAUCAGUAGAACCAGAACCUCCAGCAGGUCGGCAUCACGUCUUCAGGUUCCACUAAAACGCCACUCACAAGAUGGCGGCUGCGUCUAAAUCACAGCUGACCGUUUAAAUCUGGCCAUUAUUUUAGAUUAGUAUAUUCUUAGUUUAUGCUGAUGUGAAUUUUUUAUCAUCUCUAUUCCAUUUGUUGAUUUUUUUCUAUGAUGGUUUUUAAUUGUCCAGCGACCAUGAGAGACCAU